AUGGCUUCAUCAUCCAAAGCUUUUAACCAAGCAUUUGUCCUAACAAUAUUCUUGGUCGCUUGUUUUGCUUUCACAGGUACAACUCAUUCAACGUUAAACGACAACAUAGAAAACGAAGAUUUGGUUUCCUCAACGUGCAAGAAAACCCUUUACGUUCAACUUUGCAUAUCUUCUUUAAGAUCCGAUCCUCGAAGCGGAAGCUCCGAUCUCAAAGGCCUCGCGGCUAUCGCAUUGAAUCUGAGUAUAGCAAAAGGAGUUGACAAUUUAUCUUAUAUAAAAAAUCUAAAGUCUGAAUUUGCUUCUAAUGGUUCUCAAAUGACGUUCAGUUACCUCAGCGAUUGCCUAGAUGUAUACUCGGACGCUAUCCAAAACUUGCAGGACUCCGUUCAAGCUCUAAACGACAAGUCGUAUGACACGCUGCGAUCUUUGGUUUCUGCGGCAAUGACGGAUUCCGAGACGUGUGAAGACGGUUUCAAGGAGGUGAAGGGCUUUAGAUCUCCUUUGACUGAGCAAAACAAGUACUUCUCUCGGUUGUGUAGUAACUUUCUAGCAAUAACAACUCUUGAUUGA